AUGACUAUUGUUGCGCCAGGAGAAGUUAGCGAAAAAGAGGCCGAUGAAAUCACCAGCAAAAAAGGUGAGUUGUCCGGGAGAAGUACACGGACUUACAUUAAAAAUUUAAAUUUUCGGGAUUCCCGCUUGUCCGCGAGAAGUACACGGAUUUUUAUGAAAAAUUUAAAUUUUUGGGUUUUCCCGCUUGUCCGUGAGAAGUACACGGAUUUUCAUGAAAAAUUCAAAUUUUCGGGUUUCCCGCUUGUCCGGGAGAAGUACACGGAUUUUUUUUUGAAUUUUGAAGGAUUCCCGCUUGUCCGGGAGAAGUACACGGAUUUUCGAAUUUUUGAAAUUCCCGCUUGUCCGGAAGAAGUACACGAACUUUUGAAUUUUGAGGGUUUCCCGCUUGUCCGGGAGAAGUACACGGAUUUUUUGAAUUUUGAAGGUUUUUCGCUUGUCCGGGAGAAGUACACGGAUUUUUAUGAAAAAUUUGAAUUUUUGGGUUUUUCGCUUGUCCGGGAGAAGUACACGAAUUUUUGAAUUUUGAGGGUUUCCCGCUUGUCCGCGAGAAGUACACGGAUUUUUGAAUUUUGAGGGUUUCCUGCUUGUCCGGGAGAAGUACACGAUUUUUUGCGAAAAAUUUGAAUUUUCGGGAUUCCCGCUUGUCCGGGAGAAGUUCACGGAUUUUUAUGAAAAAUUAAAAUUUUUGGAUUUCCCGCUUCUCCGGGAGAAGUACACGGAUUUUUAUGAAAAAUUCAAAUUUUCGGGUUUUCCGCUUAUCCGGGAGAAGUACAUGGAUUUUUGAAUUUUGAGGUUUUUAAAUGUUCUCCGGGAGAAGUACACGAAUUUUUAUGAAAAAUUUAAAUUUUCGGGAUUUCCGCUUGUCCGUGAGAAGUACACGGAUUUUCAUAAAAAAAUUUAAAUUUUUGGGAUUCCCGCUUGUCCGGGAGAAGUUCACGGUUUUUUUUUGAAUUUUGUGGGUUUCCCGCUCAAUUUUCCACGUAGAUUUCAAAAAUCCACGUGGAUUUCCGCGAAAAUCCCAUUUUUCACCGCGAAUUUUGGUUUUUUGAACUCGAAUGCGGGUUUCUAGGAGACCAGGAAACAUCGGGGAAAAAAUUUCAAAUUCAUAUUUUUCAAAGAUUUUUGAUCCGAUAUGUUGUGUAGUGAGUUUUUGAGCACCAAAAAAAAGUUUUCACAAAAAAACUACUGUAUUUUUUGGCUCCGAAUCCGCAUUUUGCAGAUUCGGCCAGCAAAAAAUCGGGCUGCGAAUCGGCCAUCAAACUUUUGGUGGAGAAUUCGACGAGUUUGGUGAUACUUUUUGGUUGGGCCGGGUGUAAGGAUCGAUAUUUGUCGAAAUAUUCGCAGUAUUAUGAGGAAAAUGGGUGAGUACUGUAGUUUUGGGGUACUGUAGCUCAAUAUUUUUGUGAGGAACAUUCAAAUAAUUCUGUGUUUUUUUGCAGUUCGGGUUACUGUAGCUUCAAAUUUCGGAUUUUACUUAGAAAUAUUGUGUUUUUUGGAGCUACAGUAAUCCGGACUGCAAAAAAAUGUGGAGUAGUACGAAAUACAAAAUUUGUAGUUCGCAUUACUGUACCUGAAUUUUUUUCAAAAAGAAAAAACUAGGAGCGGCCUACAGUAGCCCAAACUGCAAAAAACCUUAUUACGAAAUACAAUUUCGGAAACCCUUUGUAGUUCGGGUUACUGUAGCUAGAUGUCAGACUGCAAAGAUUACUGUAGCUGAAUAUUUUGUUUUUUUGCAGUUCGGGUUACUGUAGCUUUUGAAGUCGUAGUGAAUAUUUCGAACUGCAAAGAUUACUGUAGCUUAAAAUUGCGUUUUUUCUUGCAGUUCGGGUUACUGUAGUGUCGAACUGCAAAGAUCACUGUAGCUCGAAAAUUGCGUUUUUUUGCAGUUCGGGUUACUGUAGGUCCAACUUAGAUUCUAAAAAUAUGUUCAAAACCUACAGCAGUCUGUAUUUUGAACUACAGUAACCUAUGAAAAAAAUCCGAAUUCUACAGUCGUCCAAGAUUUUGCAGUUCGGGUUACUGUAGCUUUUCAAGUCGUAGCAAAUAUUUUGAACUGCAAAGAUUACUGUAGCUCGCAAAUUGUGGUUUUUUUGCAGUUCGAGUACUGUAGCUGUUGAAGUCGUAGUGAAUAUUUUGAACUGCAAAGAUUACUGUAGCUCGAAUUUGUAUAGGUACUACAGUAAUUCAAGCUGACUAGAUGCAAUUUUUGAGGACAAGAUUUUGCAGUUCGAGUACUGUAGAUCAAAGUGAAGUUAUUCAAACUGCAAACUUGGAAAUGUUCCAAACCUACAGUAACCCUAACCAAGUUCCCUGAUUUUCAGAAUCUCAACAAUCCGCUUCACCGCUCCAAUCUCCAAAAUCCGCAGCUUCUCCUCAUACCGCCCAUUCGCCAAAUCAUUCAACAAAAUUCUCGAAGAAACUCUCGGCCAAAACCCGGAAAUCUCAUCGAUUUAUUUCCACGUGUUCUCAAUGAAUGGUUGCUCAUUGUACGCCGCAUUUUGGGAUCAAUUGGAGCAAUUCGAGAAAUGUGCGGAGAUCAAGGCAAAAUGCAAAGGCCUGAUCUUUGACAGUUGCCCCGCGUUCACUUCACCGUCUCAGAGUGCGCAGGCUGUGUCGUUUGCCACGUUGCCGCCAAGUCAUUAUCAUGGAGCGUUGAGGGAAAGCUAUCGAGCUGUUUUGUAUACGUUCUUCUCGUUUCAUAGGUUGGUUUGCUGGGGGAUACGGUACUUUAAAGGGACAUAGACUCGCUGUGCUCGAGCCGCUUGCGCGGAAUCUUGAUCUACACUCGCGCCUGAGGCGCUCGAGGAGUACUGUAUUCUGAAGGCACAUAGCACCUUCAGGGGGUUUAAAAGGACAUAAACUCCGAAUUUUUGAUAUAGGGACAUAGAGAACCUCUAUAGUAACCUUGAGAGCAUUCAAAGGGACAUACACUCGCUGCGCUCGAACCGCUUGCGCGGGAUUUUGGUCUACACUCGCGCCAAAGGCGCUCGAAGUGUUUAAAGGAACAUAGGUCUACAGUAGCCUUGAGAACAUCUACAGUAAUCCUUCGAGCAUUUAAAGGGGCAUGUAAGCCUAGUCAAAUUCAACGUGACCUUUUUCAAAGGCGCAUACCGUAACCAGGAUGUUUUUCAGUUCGGAUUACUGUAGUUUUCUAAUUUUGCCCAGAUUUCGAACUGCAAGAUUGCGAGGAUACAGUAUCCCGAGCUGUAUUGCAGUUUGGGUUACUGUACCAAACUGCAAAUUCGCAUAAAUUUUUCUCGAGUGUACUGUACUCAAAGUUACUGUUGCUUCAAAGUCUACAGUAAUCAAAGAGCCUAAUCUAAUCUGAGCAAUAUUGUGCCUAAUCUGAGCAACUUGGUGCCUAAAGAGCCUAAUCUGAGCAAUCUUGUGUCGAAAGAGCCUAAUCUGAGCAAUCUUGUGCUUUAAGAGGAUAACCUGAGCAAUAUUGUGCUUUAAGAAGCUAAUAUGAGCAAUAUUGUGUCUAAAGAGUCUAAUCUGAGCAAUAUUGUGCCUAAAGAGCCUAAUCUGAGCAAAAAUGUGUCUAAAGAGCAUAAUCUGAGUAAUAUAGUGCCUUAAGAGCCUAAUCUGAGCAAUCCCAAAUUUUUCCAGAGGUGUCUUAUGGCUUCGUUCAUUCCUCGACAAAGACAUCUACAAAAAGCACUAUGCCUACUUCAAAAUGUUAACCUUCUCAAAUCUGCCCACCAAACAAUUAUUCAUCUACGGUCCAGCCGAUCUCGUCUGCUCCGAAGAUUCGAUCGAAGCCUUCGCGCACAUCCAAAAAACCAAUCACCGUGUAAACGUGUCGAAAUUGCGACUUUUGGACUCGUUGCACUGUCAACAUUUGCGAAGUCAUCCUCGAAUUUAUGCACAGGAGUGUUGCGAAUUUGUGACGAGUGGCAAUUUGCCAGCGAAUCGAAGUCGUGUCGAUUUGGAGGAGAAAAGUUUGAGAGCAGGAGAAGAGGAGGAGAUCCCGGAGGAAUUGGCUUAUUAG